GUUGGUCUUGUGAUACGCAGUGAGGCGGUUGACACGGUUACUUCAUUUUACACGUAUCGGGAACUUACAUCGAGUUUUACAUUGUAUCAUUUUUCCUUUCUUUGUUAUUGAGUUGAAGUGACUUAAAAAAAAGUAAAUGCCGCAGCAGACUCCCGAUUUUGGCCACGACGUGACCUCCAUCCGGGAAUGGCUGGUCAAGGAGCCCCAUCUGCCGCAAGACUUCAGUGACCUGAUGAUCCGAAAGUUCCUGCACAGUUGCUACGGGAGCCUGGAGCGGACAAAGAAAUGCAUAGACCGGUUCUGCACCACGCGGAGUGUUAUGAGCGAAAUAUACACCGACAGGGACCCCUGCUCCAACAAGCUGAAGACCGCCUUCGAUAUCACGACCGUGGCAACCUUCAUGGCCGGUGACCAAGAGAUCCUGAUCCACCAGUUCGACGACCCGACCCUUGAGCGGUUUGCCUUCUACGACCUCAUAAAGGCCUUCGCGCUGCAGGCCGACUACUGGAUCAAUGACCUCGAGAGCUACCCUGAGGGACACAUCAUCAUCAUGGACAUUAAGGACUACAGCCUGAGAAUGCUGCCCAAGUGCAAUAUCAUGUUCUUUAGAGAUUUUAUACUGUUUUUACUGGAAGCCAUGCCGGUUCGAGUUAAGUCUGUGAACGUGAUCAACUACCCGUCGUACUACGAGAAACUGUUCGCGCUGGUCAAGCCAGUACUGCCGGCGUACAUCAUCGAUGUUAUCAAAUUCCACCCGGACCUCAACAGCUUAUACAAGAGCGUCAGCAAGCAAUACCUGCCGUCGGAAUACGGCGGCGAGGCAGGCAGCAUGCGGGAACAACACUUGGAGUUCGUCAAGAAGAUACAGGACAAAAGAGAUUAUUACAAGAAUGACAACCUCUGGAAGGCUGACCUGAAGAAGAAACCGAAAGGAAUUGAGAGCGCUAUGACUGGAUCAUUCAAAACGCUAUCCAUUGAUUAGGCUCCGGGCAUUAUGUAGAUUAAUUGCUAAGCUAGUAGGUAUCCAAUUGCAAUGUAAGUUAAAAUACAUGCAAGGAGUAACAAA